CGUUUACCGUUAAGAAUGUGAGACCCCGUUUACACGGGAUCGAUCCCAAACUGGUACGGACCGGCCUUCCGUUUACACGGGAUCGCUCGGGAUCGAUCCGCUAUCCAUGCCAAUUUGGGUUCGCUUUGAAAAACGUUUGCACUCAAACUGGAUCGAUCCCGUCUCGUGUAAACGCUCGAAAAGAUGGGAAUUGGAGGUGCUUUGAACAUGGUGCUUCGAGCUUUUUUUCUAUCAGAUUUUGCGCGCCUACUCGCCUCGCGCCCACCAGCAGAGAAAAACAAAACAAUAUGGAGGAAUUCUUUUACAACUUUAUUGAAUGGUUUAUGGGAAUGAUUUAUUCUUGACAGAGAUUGAGGCAGCGUCGCCUGUUGGAAACGGUUCACCCUCUUCCUCCUCAUUUGGAUAGGCCGCUAUAAAGUUUUUAUCGAUGUCCUCAUACUUAGAACGAAUAGGCUCCCAGUCCUGGCCAUCGGCUAACUUCGAAGUUUUGUACUCCAGCGUGAUCUUCAGGAGUAGGGCCAUUUAUUUGUCGCUCCAAAUAAACAUUUUGUUACCACUUUUGAAUUUAGAUUUUGUUGCCAUUUUGUUGUCAAUCUUCCUAAAAAUUUGGCGCUAUCAACGAUAUCUUCUUUGUGUUGCUAAUGACAUAAGCGUUAUGCGUUCCUCCCCAAGGUCCGGUUUGGGAUCGAUCCCAUGUAAACACAAUGUUUUGGGAUCGAUCUCGUGUAAACGCAAGCCAAAUUUAUGGAUCGAUCCCGUUUCUCCCGUGUAAACGGGGUCUGAGACUCUGGUGAUUCAGGAAGGGUGUGUUCAUUUGGUUGUUACUCUGCGUCAGCUCUUAGUGUAAGAGUUACAACCUACGCUAGCAUCUUAAUAUGAAUCUUAAUAUGGUACACCAAAGCGGAAAUUGCAGGUUUAGAACAACAUUACACCAAUUUUACUUAACACAGUGUAGUCUGUUGAUCCACCGUACAUCACACUCAGGAAUAUACGCAGCAGAAACAACUUGCGGCUGGGCUGGGGGAAGAUCCCUAGAAAUGUCAACUACUCCCAUUACGGACACUUUCAAACAACGGACAACUGUAAACAACGAAUACCUCCGGGAUCAGAAUGCGGACACCUCAAGCCAACGCUUUUCUACAAACAAUGAACCCCUCCAGAAAACGGACACCCAAAAACACAAAUACUUCAAAACAACGGACUCCUACAAACAACGGACACUUCCAGACAACGACACCUGAAAGCAACUGACAUUUCAAACAACCUUCACCUACAAACAACGGACACCUUCAAACAACUUGAGAAGUGUUCAGUAAGCCCCACAACCUUCCCCUGGAUAAAAUGUUUCACUUUAUGUAAAGUCAUCUAUUGUUUGUUCUUUACGCCUUGUCAGGUAAAAGAAGGUUCAAGCCCAAUACAGAAUUUAAUUUCUCUAGCUUUAUAUGCUCUUGUCAAGUAAAUUUAAUUUAAAUGAUCUAAAUACUAAUUAUUUGAUUGCAAAGAUUAUGGAAGAAAUGCUUUUGCUGACAUCCAGCGUCAUAAUGAAACAAAGUUAUGCCAACGUAUCAUUUUAUGACAAUAAGAUCUUUGAUGAUGUCAUGCAAAAUUUUGAUGACGUCAUAAUGAAAAUACUGAUGUCGACAAAUCAUGCUUAAAAAUACAUCAAUUGAAAGCUUGCAACGAGACGAGUCAAAUUAUGUAACUUGCGUCAAAAAAUAACCCUCCAGUAAAGAGCUAGCGAUGAUUUUGUCUAACUUUUUACCGUUAAAUGACGUCAUCAGUCACGUGACACCCAGGUAUUUUCAUAAAAGUCACCUGGCAGAUUAUGAAAGCCUGGACUCUCUACUACAAGAAUCCGUUGAGAAAGCAAACAUUAGCUUGAAUGUCAGAUUUUUAGGCUAUAUGUCAUGUCUAUGAAGUUUUUUUAAUUUUUUCUGACUGUCCAGUACUCGUUUCUUAUAGCCAGUUUCUUGUUAAAAAAAUUAGUGUAGACCUCUAAUGACAGGAGAUAUCCAAACAACAAACACUAAACAACAUUGACCAACUCGGGGCCUCCGACGAAGACUUUUUUAUUAUGGAUGUUAAAUUAAUCUUUUGUUAUGGAUGUUAAAUUUCCCUCUGACCACCACCACCCCCCCCCCACACACUUUCCAACCUAUGUCGGAGCCCAUUCAUCUAACAAUGGAUACCUUCCAACAGCAGACAAACAAUUCUUUCUAAAAAUCGUUUUCGGGCGGCCAGAGACUUGCACACUGACAACUACAUUAAACAGCAUCAUGCAACAAACAGUUAGGUAUGUGCUUCAGAGGCAUGUUCCUUCACGAAUGCUGAAUGAAAUUUUUCAGGAAAAUGUAGCAUUUUUAAUAUUCAUCAUUUCAAAAGUAUAAAAUGUAAUAAAAAUGGGGUCCCUCAAAAUGGAUUCGCAUACCAUGAUCUUUGGGAAACUGGGACACGUGCUGACACCUAGGAAUGAUACUUAGCGUACAAUCGCGGUUAACCUGAGGAAGCGCCUAUGAAAGAUAACGAGUCAAUGCUUUUUUAGUUACUUGAAUUAUAGUGUGCUAGUUAUUUUUAGCUUUACUGUAUAUAGGGAUAUAUAUAUCUCGGUCAUAGACCUUUGUUUAUUCCACUUCUACCCGUUUCCUGUUGCCCCAGUCGUGAACUGCUCUUAUUGUGCUAAAUUCCCAAGCCUUUGCUAAACGUGGCCAACAUGUUCAUUUUUCGUUGAAUAUCCUCACACGAAUCAGAACAUUAUUUCAUUUCUGCAAGGCAGUCAGGGGUCGGGGUUGGUGUUUGAGGGUCUUUACCCCCACAACUUUUUAGAAGUCAAUUUUGAAAAAUUAUUAAGCAAACUUUUAGGGGUACUAGAAGAUUUAAUAAGGCUGACUACAUCGUUGAAGUGAAGAACGUGCAAUAUUCUAUUUAUCUGCUUAGAUUAAACACCCUGAGUGCGGUUCCUGUUGCCCCAGUCGUGAACUGCUCUUAUUGUGCCAAAUUCCCAAGCAUUUGCUAAACGUGGCCAACAUGAUCAACUUUCGUUGAAUAUCCUCACACGAAUCAGAACAUUAUUUCAUUUCUGCAAGGCAGUCAGGGGUCGGAGUUGGUGUUUGAGGGUCUUUACCCCCACAACUUUUUAGAAGCCAAUUUUGAAAAAUUAUUAAGCAAACUUUUAAGGGUACUAGAAGAUUUAAUAAGGCUGACUACAUCGUUGAAGUGAAGAACGUGCAAUAUUCUAUUUAUCUGCUUAGAUUAAACACCCUGAGUGCGGGGCAUGGGUAGUAAAAUCUACUGACGAAGACGUAGAUAAAUCUAGGUGCUAUUUCAUCUACCGAUAGACAAUUUUACCGACGAACCAGGGAAUUUUUUGCUCUAACUAAAAAUUUACCGACAAACUCAUGAAUAAUUGGGGGUGUCACACCCUUACCCCCCGCUAGCUACGCCCCUGGCCAGUAGGUAAAGUAACUUGUUUUAGGGAAUGUUUCUUUUAACUCUUUCUUCUUAUCCCAUCAAGUUUAAACUGACCUUGCUAUGCGAGUUACGCGUCCUGGUGCAACUGGAUACCAAAACGGACGUGCUCUCUUUAAAACAGCUUUCCUGUAGGCUAAAAAAUAACUUAUUUGGUAUUUAGUUUUAAGCUGAAGGGAUUUUUGUGUAUAAAGAAUAUAAAAUGAAAAUGAAAUGAAAAUUAUUUGUAGCAAAAAUAAUGGUCUCCUAUUCCAAAGAAAUAGAGUCGAAGAUCACCCCAUUGCCCCAUUGCACUGUCAACCUCGUUAUGGCCAAGAGACCAACCAAAUUAUAUGUUACUUAGCAACGAUAGCAAAUCCAAAAGAGUAGGCCUUCAUUCUGGGCCAGAAGGACAUUGGAUUGCAGGCAAUUAAACAAUGGGAUUGUUCUAAUUUAUUUAUCAACAGAAUGGACCAGUUUGGAAAAGUUCAUUUAAGGUGGUCUGCUGGUUAUAAAGGAGAUCGUCUGUUUUACACUGAUGCCCACACUAUAGCAUAUAUAUCUGGCAACUGUAUCAGAUUUUUUAACACAAAAACUGGUGAUGAGGAGUUCUUAGACAGUCCAGGAAAUGGAAUUGGAGCUUUUGCAGUGAACUCUACCUACCACACAAUAGCCUUUUCUGAAGUAUGCAUGGACACAAAUGUUUAUAUCUAUGACCUUUCUGAUUUCACAAAGCCAGCAGCAGUCCUUGAAGGAGCUGGGACACUUGGUUGUUCUGCAUUAGCAUUUGCAAAUAAUGGGAGUUUGUUGGCAAGCUACGGGGAUGCUCCAGAUUGUACAAUUACUUUGUGGAACUGGCCUGAAAGAAGAAAGAUAAGUUUUGGUACAGUUCCAAACUUUGUUUGUACACAGCUUUCAUUUAAUCCAAUGAACUGGAGACAGAUGUGUGGAACAAAUAGUGAGCACUUGGUUUUGUGGAACAUAGAGCAACUAAAUGAGACAUAUCACUUGAUCACAAGCAAAGUACGCCUUCCAAUUAUUGAUGGUGCUGGAGACUUUGAUCCAUUUGACGACCUUGACAGACAAAUCAGUCGCUCAGUUAGCCCCAUCUCAUCAAACAUAAGAAUCACUAAAACUGCAAUUGCCGGUAUUGUUGGUGAUGAACUCGGAAACUUAGAUGUUGGUGACAAACGAAAACGGUGUUCUCCGAAAGGCCAUACUUGGGGCCAAAAUGGACAAAUCUUUUGCUGCUGCGCAGGUGGCCAAAUCUUAGUGAUCAACUCUGAUUCACGCUCCGUCUUAUUGUUUCACAACCCAGCUGUUCAGGAUAUUGCCUUAGAGGGAAUAAGACUUGAAAAUCAGCCUGAUGAGAGUCUUGAAGAUGCUCUGCAAGAACUGACAGCUGGAAGUGUUGAAUGCUUUGCAUUAAAUCAACAAGGAUUGUUCAUCGCUGGAAAGGACGGUUAUCUGAGGUGUCUGAAAAUUGAUUCAGGUGACUUGCAAAUAGUGGAUCGUAUCGACGUUCGCCGCCCGAUUACAUCACUGUCGUGGUCUCCGGCUUACGACAAACUUGCCUUAGGCAGUGAUGAUGGUUCUGUCCAGAUUUAUUCUCCAGAAGAAUCUAACAGCUUAAAAACCCUUUUUCAAAACCACGCUGGGUUGAUAAUUGGUGUAGAUUUUACACUCGGAGAAAAUUCAUGUUGUGUUACGUGCAAAGAAGAUGGCCUACUUCAACUUUGGGCUGUGUCAUCUUCUAAAUGCAUUGGAGAAGUUCAGCUGAACUGCCAUGCACAAAGCGUUGUCUGCAUUCCUUCAUCAAGUUCUGCUGUUGUUGCAACUGCUAGUGGCUCAUUAAUUCUUGUUGAUCUGACGUCACAAGAACAACCGAGAACUGUUCUUCAGCGCUACCUCCACAAAGGGCCAAUAACUGCUCUUGGUGUUGAUAAUCUUGGCCAUAUCAUAGUGACAGGGUCUACGGACGGACAUGUUUUUAUUUUGGAUGCAAAAGUGACAUCAGGACUCGAUGUCUUUGGAUACACAAAAAUUGAGGGUGAUGCUCGCAAGAUCUCAUGUUUACAUUACCGUGAUGAGGAUGACAAGAAUGCGUGGAAAAUUCUUAUUGGCACUGGGCAUGUUGGGGAUGACCCUACCUUCAAUCACCUUGUUGGUAUGGACAUAUCUGCAGAUACUCUUAAAGGCCAGAAUAGCGCAUUUAUUGACAAGACAGGCCUGUUUCGUGAUGGUAGCGUCAAGAAAAGGAAUUAUUUGUUCCGACAUGCUGUAUACGCUAUUUGUUUGGUUUCAAAGCAAAAUGCAUUUGCGAUCCAAGCAAAUGGCAAAAAGAUAGUCAACAUCCCAAUAACUGUAUCAGAGGAGAACACCGGUAAUGUUGUAUUGGAUCCUUCGAUGGGUUCACAAGGUCAUAGCCUUAAAGGAGGCUGUAUAGCCCCCUCUGGUCACCUUAAAUGGUUAGCAACUGGAGGUCCGGAUGGGAAGCUGAUAAUGCGGGCAACUGGUGCAAUAGAUCACAUCGUAACAGUUCCUGUGAGUCAUCGGAAUUGUGGCGGAGUUUUGAACUGCUGUUUCAGUCCAGAUUCCAGAAAUGUCAUGACAGUCGGCGGUGAUGGAGCGCUUUGUUGCUGGGGCUGGAACUUUAGUGACAAAGGAAAAAAUCGCGCGGCUGCUGCAGUUGACGCGUCAAGGGCCCGUUUGUCGCAAAUUGUCGACGCUAGAAAAGAGCAAGAUGCUGCUUUAAAAGAUAUGGAACCAUUAAAAGAGGUUUCUAAAUCAACAAAUGUUUUUGCUUCAGAAGAAUCUGAAGAGGAGCCUAAGACCUGGCUUGAUCUUGCAUUGGCAAAGGCCCACAGUGAAGAAGACGCAAAAUACAAAGAUGUAAAGGUGAAUUUGAAAAAUGAUAUUGAGAAACUUAGAAGAAACGUUUUGGAUAUGAUCGAUGUCAACAGCGCAUUGCCGGAUAUUGAGAAAUUGGAGCGAUUUGAAUUUAACAUGGAUUUAGAGGAACGAGCAGAACUGCUAGUGAAAAGAGAGGAGCAUAUUAAACAGCUCAGAUCUGAAAUCGACGAGAAGAAUUUGUCGAAGCAGUACGUGCGAAGUGUCAUAAAACGUCAAUGCUGGGACGAUAUGAUGACAAAAGGCCGAUCGAUAAAAGCGUUUUAUUCGUCGACUGACGUCACCAAUUACCCGAUGAGAGAGCGCAGUAAACAAGAGCUUGAAAAACUUGCUUUCGUCAGCCAGCAAAGGAAGUUUGAGAUUUCUGAGGAGCAGGCAAGGAAGGAGAUCUUAGAUUCAAAUACAGCAGGAAACCCAGCGCUGCUAGAAGAACAAUCAGCAGACGACGACGAAUUGCCAGAAGAUGACAGAAAUCGCAAGGAAAGCCCUGCUGUCGUUGGUAGCCUUAGUCAUUUGUAUGGAGGGGAGAAUGAGUUGAUUCGAAGCCAGUUCGAGUUGCACACGGGUCAAGAAAAACGCCAUCAAAUCAUUCUUCUAGAGGACUGUAUUUAUCGAAUGAAGUUGGAAUUCAAUAAGCGGUUUGAAGAAGUUUACAAGGCCAAAGAAAUAGAGAUCAAGAGAAUUGCAGAGAAGAACGUGCGCGUGAGGAAGAUCGUGAACGACUUGGAUGCUGCUGAGGAUUUAUUCGAGCCACGAUGGACGUCUGAUGAACAGCCUGAAAUGCUGUUUGAGGUCAAAGAUGAAGAGAUUGUCGUAGAGAAAUAUAUUUCAGAGGAAGAGCAAAAGCGUUUGGAUGCAGUUGCUAAAGAAGAUGAAGAGCGCCGUAAGGCGGAAAAGGCCGACAAUUCACGGGAGCGUGCUUUGGAAAUGAUGAUGGCCGGGAGACUGGAAGCAAAUCCAGAAGAAGAACUAAAGAAAGAGCUUGUAAAACCUGAAUUCAUGUCUAAGCCCGCGACUGAGUGGAAUGAGGAAGAGCAGAAGGCUGCGAAAGAGUUUGAAAAGAAAGAGCAAAAGCUAAAAGAAGACAGAGAAAAGUUCAGAAAGGCACUUGAAACAGAGUGGAAAAAAUUGCAGGGAAGCAUCACUGAAGCUGCUACGAACUUCGAUGAAAAACUGUCUCAACUGUUUCAAAGGAAGAUUAAAACGGAAAUGGUGAUAUGCCAGGAGGAAUUGAAAAUACUGAGACUAGCAGCUUCGUUACUUAUGGAAGAAGAGCUAGAUACCCGAGAACAGCAACUUCUGCAGGUGCUUGAAGAAAAGAAGGUAUUGAAGCAGAAUAGCUCAUCGUUUGCAGCAGAAGCGAAGCGGGAAUAUGACGCAUGCAAAGAUGCGUACGAUAUUUAUGUUGCUGAAGACAAGUCCUUGGACAAGAAUUUCAGAAGGGAAUUUGCAGACCAAGAUCAACACACCAUUGAUGUUUUGUAUCGUCUCUUUAAAAGAAGGCCCAGGGCCCAGAAGACAUUGAAAGCAGCCGCAGAAUCACAAGCAGAUGUUGGAGCGGAAAAUCGCAACCCAUUCCAACCGCGGCCAUCAUCUUCCCGCGCGGCAUCAUUAGCAGCAGCAUCUUUGGAAAAAGCUAUGAUGGAGCUUGAUGACGAUCAGCAUAUGCCUGAUGGCCUGCAUUAUGAAACGUGGAGGAAACUAGUUGGCGUUCGGAGACUCAAGGUGGAAAAAGAACAACAAGUAAAAGCAAAAGCUUUGGUAUUGGCUGAGAUGAACUCAAUAUAUCAAAAGCGCAUUGAGGACGACGAGCAGUUAAAACUUGAAGUGGAAAACAUUUUCAAAGAGCUCCAAAGGUUGAGAGAUGACCGAUUGACGUUUAAUCUGAAUUUGGAAGUGCAGCUUGUUCUUAAACAGGGACAGGUUGAAGUUCCAUCUUCAUCUUUCGUAACGGAUUAUACAGACAGUAUUCUUAUACAUCGCUCUGUCGUUGAGGAUUUGAAUGCCACCAUCAAGACCUUAGGUGAACGCAAACUGGCCAAUAUGAAAGACAGCAAAGAAUUUAGAAAAGGAAUUUAUCAGCUCGAAUGGGAUCACAAAAAGAUGAGAAUGCAGGCAGAAGACCUUCAAACUGCUGCGAGAGACAUCCAGUUGCUUCGCGUAACAAAAGAAUUGCAAGGGUAUCUUGGGGAAGGAGACCAACAUGCUCGACAGCAGCAGGAAAUCGCAACUUUGGAACAAACUUUAGAGCUUCAUAAAAAGAUGCACAAGAGGAAUGUAUUAGACAGAUCAAAUGCAUUAAAGAAAUUGAAGAAACUGAUUAAAUCGAAAGAAUCUGAUAAUACGUCACUGGAUCAGAAUUUGGAAGAACUGUCAUUGUCAGUUGCAGAGCGAAGAAAUGUCAGCCAGACAAAUGAAAACGAAAGGAACGACACAGCAACAGAGAAACGUAUGCAAGACAUAAUAACACGUAAAAAACUCGUUGACCUCGCCAAAGCCCAGGCUCAGGAAAUCGCAAUUCUGCGGGCUGAGGUCGAGAGGUUACGAAUGCGCACAUUUCCCGCGCUGGUGCAAGUCGACCAACGCUGAGCUAUUAUCACUCACUGUAUAUAGUUUUGUUUAUAACCUUAUCUUAGCCGCGUUAGCGUAUUGUUAUUUUCUUUGGAUCAGUUAUACGUCAAGUAUUGGUAACAUCUGUAACCAAGAUGCAAGUUUUACUCACUCAAAACCUCA